GGAGUCGGGGGGCGCGGGGGGCGGCGUCGGGAGCCUCCACCCGGCUGCCCUGGAGCUGACAGCGACAGCCCUCGCCGGAAAGCCAAAGGACACGUAUCUUCUGGAAUGGGGUCGCGGGCCGCCCCUGCACCUCCCCGUGGGCCGGAGGCGUGAAGUGGGGAAGCUGCUGCUGUUCCUGUGACCUCGGGUGCGCCAGGUGGUCUCCUUGAGAUGACCUGUGCCCUGUGGCCCUCAGUCAUUCUUACUAUGCUGGAGAGGAAGUAUUUAUUCAAGGCUGUUUACCCGGCUUAGAAGAAACUUAUAUAAGUUUCAUGAAAUGUACAUUAUGUCAGUUUUCCUCCGAGUGAAAGAAAACUCUUUUUAGGGACAUUAUCUGAAAGACAGGAGAGUAGUUGUUUUUCUCAAACUGUGGCUUGAGGACCAUCUGCGUCCAGAUGACCUGCCGUGUUUAAAAUUCAGAAUCCCCCACCUCCCUCCAGAAGUGGUGAAUCACAGUCCCUAGGAGUGGAGUUGAGAAUCAGCGAACUGCUGAAAUUUGAGAACUGCUGGACUAGAGCGUCAGAGCGUUGAUACGGUGUCCACAGGCACGUAGUGAACUUGGCACCAUGGGGAUACAUGGAUUACUGCAGUUUAUCAAAGAAGCCUCUGAACCCAUCCACGUGAGGAAGUAUAAAGGGCAGGUGGUGGCCGUGGAUACGUAUUGCUGGCUUCACAAAGGAGCUAUCGCUUGUGCUGAAAAACUCGCCAGAGGUGAACCUACCGAUAAGUAUGUAGGAUUUUGUAUGAAAUUUGUAAAUAUGUUACUAACUCACGGGAUCAAGCCUAUUCUCGUCUUUGAUGGAUGUAUGUUACCUUCUAAAAAGGAGGUGGAGAAGUCCAGAAGAGAAAGACGACAAGCCAGUCUUCUCAAAGGAAAGCAGCUUCUUCGCGAGGGGAAAGUCUCAGAAGCCAGAGAAUGUUUUACCCGUUCUGUCAACAUCACGCAUGCUAUGGCCCACAAAGUCAUUAAAGCUGCUCGGUCUCUGGGCGUAGACUGUCUCGUGGCCCCGUAUGAAGCGGAUGCACAGUUGGCCUAUCUUAACAAGGCUGGCAUCGUACAAGCCAUCAUCACCGAGGACUCGGAUCUCCUCGCUUUUGGCUGUAAGAAGGUGAUUUUAAAAAUGGACCACUGUGGAAAUGGACUAGAAAUUGAUCAGGCUCGGCUGGGAAUGUGCAAACAGCUUGGGGAUGUGUUCACAGAAGAGAAGUUCCGUUACAUGUGCAUUCUUUCAGGCUGUGACUAUCUCUCGUCGCUGCGUGGAAUUGGAUUAGCGAAGGCCUGCAAGGUGCUGAAACUGGCCAAUAACCCAGACAUCGUAAAGGUUAUCAAGAAAAUGGGACAUUAUCUCAAGAUGAAUAUAACCGUACCAGAAGAUUACAUCGAAGGGUUUAUUCGAGCCAACAAUACCUUCCUUUAUCAGCUCGUUUUUGAUCCCAUCCAAAGGAAACUCAUCCCUCUGAAUGCCUAUGAAGAUGACGUUGAUCCUGAAACGCUAAGCUACGCUGGGCGGUAUGUGGAUGAUUCUAUAGCUCUUCAGAUAGCACUUGGAAAUAAAGAUAUAAAUACCUUUGAACAGAUCGAUAACUACAAUCCAGACACUGCUACGCCCACCCAGUUAAGAAGUCAUAGCUGGAACGACAAAACGUGUCCAAAGUCAUCUAAUGUUAAUAGCAUUUGGCAUAGGAAUUAUUGCCCUAGACGUGAGCUGAAUGUUGUUUCAGACGCUGCAAGAUUGAAGGAAAAUCCAAGUACUGUGGGCGUCGAGCAAGUGAUUAGUACUAAAGGGUUAAAUCUUCCGAGGAAGUCAUCCACUGUGAAAAGACCAAGAAGUGAAGAGCUGUCAGAAGAUGAUCUGUUGAGUCAGUAUUCUCUUUCAUUUACAAAGAAGAUCAAGAAAAAUAGCUGUGAAGGUAAUAAAUCAUUGAACUCUUCCGAAAAGCUCCUGCCUGACCUGGUGGAUGGAACUCCUACUAAAAAAAGCGUAAGCGCACCACCAACGAGAAGAAAUAAAUUUGCAACAUUUUUACAGAGAAAAAAUGAAGAAAGUGGUGCAGUUGUGGUUCCAGGGACCAGAAGCAGGUUUUUUUGCAAUUCUCUGGAUUCUGCUGACUGUGUAUCUAAGAAAGCAAGUGGCCAGCCUGUAGAUGAAACUGCUGUUGCAGAUAAAGAGACCAGUCUAGAUGACUCAGAUUGUCUAGAUGGCAAGAGGCUGGUUGAUACGAGUGUAGCACAUAACUCAAGUGAUCCGACUCCAGACCGUGUCACCAAGGUUGCUGAUGAGGAGUCUCCGUCUUCUGAGACCAACAAAUUCACAGGGACCAUUUCCCCACCCACUCUGGGCACACUAAGAAGCUGCUUUAGCUGGUCUGGAAGCCUUGGAGGUUUCUCGAGAACUCCGAGCCCCUCUCCCAGCACAGCUUUGCAGCAGUUCCACAGAAAGAGUGAUCCCCUCACCUCUCUGCCUGCGAAGAAUGAGAUGUCUCAUGCAUCUCAGUUAAAGAGUGAGGAGUCAGGUGGCGAAUCUCAUCCCUUGCCUGAAGCCGAUUGGCCUUCAGGGUCUCGGGAGAGCAUGGAAUUAUCACCACACAAUCCAAAUGCAUCGAGACUUUCUCAGCCUUCUAGUAAGGAUUCAGAUUCAGAGGAAUCUGACUGCAAUUUUAAGUCACUUGAUAAUCAAGGUAAUCAGAAAUCCAAGCUACAUUUGUUUCGUUUUUCGAAAAAAGAUGCAGUUACAAGGAAUAAGGUUCCUGGGCUGUAUAAAUCCAGUUCUGUGGACAAUCUUUCUACCACCAAGAUCAAACCUCUUGUACCUGCCAGAGUCAGUGGGCUGAGCAAGAAGCCAGCAAGCAUCCAGAAGAGAAAUCAUCAUGAUGCCGAGAACCAGCCAGGGUUGCAGAUAAAAAUCAACGAGCUCUGGAAAAAUUUUGGAUUUAAAAAAGAUUCUGAAAAGCUUCCUUCUUGUAAGAAGCCGGAUCCCCUGUCUCCAGUCAAAGAUAACAUCCAGCUGACGCCAGAAGCAGAAGACGAUAUAUAUAACAAAUCUGAAUGUACACGUCUUCAGAGAGCAAUAUUCCAAUAAACACGGGCGGCUGGAGGCUGUGGCCCUCAGGAGAACCUCUAUCAAUUUGAAGUCCUGUUUGGGAAUGAGACAUUUACCAGUCUGAAAGAUUUGUUCUUAGAUCUAUGCCAUUUUUUAAAUAGAGUACAUUUUGUGUAUUAACUAUGUAAUUGUUUAUUUUGUUCAGCUUUUUAUAUUUUCAUAGGAAGCUAACUAGAGAUAUAAUUUUAUCUUUGACAGUUCUUGGAAGUUUUAAUGUUAAUUGGGCAAGUCCCCUAGAAUUUAUAAAAUCUACUCUAAGGAUUUCUGUAAUGUUGUCAAGUAUAAGGAUGGUAAAGGAAAAACCACAAUUAUGGAAUCAUUUUAUCCUAGAUGAAAUCACUGUAUUUUUCCCAGCUUUAAAUUUUUCCCCUGCCUUUCCUGCCUGUCUUUCAGGGUUGAAAUGAAAAUAAAGCUGCUGGGAUGGGAGGGGUUUUUGGAAGGGUUAAAGGUCAUUGCACAAAUGGACAGUGCUCUGUGAGCCCUGGAGAGUCUGCUUAGGUUACAGGUUGACAGUGAAGGAAAAUUGCUUUCAGCCUCAUGUGAAGGGAACUGCUUAUUUCGUUAAUAUUCUUAAACUUCAAAAUAGCCUCAGCGUUUCUUAGUAUGUCUUUUUUGAAAUGUAGGCUAAAAAUCCCUUAACGUAUAUUUAAAACUGUUGUCCUAGGUGCAGGGUAAAAUGUUAAAGCUGCAGGGUCUGUGAUAUGUACGCCCUGCAAAUAAAUAGGCAGAAACCCGGAAAGGGAACCAGCUGUGCAAGUGAAGAUCUGACAGGAAAUGAAGGAGUUAUACAAGUAUUUGGGAUGUAGAGGAUAAAGGAAAGGGACCCAGAGUAUUUUAAUUUUUAAAUGAGACUUUGUAGAGGAUUCUCGUAUAAAGAGGUCAGAAUGGAACAAGAAACAUAAAGUUGUAAGAAAUAGCAUAAAAAUGUAAAAAAAACAAAAACAAAAAUAAAAACCAAUCUGGAAAAGACCAAAACCAAAGAACAAAAGCAAAUUUGAAUUCUCUGUGAAUGUUUCCUGUUACAGAACAAAUAAGAAUGUGAAUCAAACAUUGUCUACAAAUGUUUAUCUCCUCACUCAUUUAAAAUGACAGAAAAGGAAUAAAACAUACUAUAAACCCCAAAGGUUAACAACAAGAAGAGACAUCAGGCAAGGAAACAGAUGGGUAGGUGGUAAGUGAUUUAGCAAAGAAAUGAUCAUUUCUCCAUGGGCGGAAUCCAACCAGAGGGAAGAGUUUAGAUGGAUUCAGCAAAUGGAGAUAUCCUGCAGUUUCCUGUGAAGCUGAAAAUGAGGUUGUUUGAAAAAGUUUUAAAAAUAGCAGGGGAAAGAGAAGGGGAAGAUGGCAACAGUG